AUGCCUACAUCCAAUAAAAAGCUUGUCCUUUUGACAGGUGCAACAGGAUUCAUCGGCUUCCAAACGCUCCUGGAUGCCCUCAAAGCUGGAUUCCGAGUGCGAUGCGCAGUUCGCAGUGAAGCAAAAGGGGAGACUCUCCUAUCAAAGCCAGCAUUACAACCGCUAUUACAAGCCGACAACCAAGCACCACCCGUGGAAAUUGUCGUCGUGCCAGACCAGGCUGCUCCGAGGGCCUUUCAUGAAGCCAUAGUGGGAAUAAGCUACGUGAUCCACAUCGCAUCUCCUCUCCCAUCGACUCAACCGAACGGCCACCUCGAUGCGGAGGCCAACUUCCUAGCCCCCGCCAGGCGGGCGACUCUCGAAAUGCUUGAAGCCGCUGCGAUAACCACCUCCAUCGAACGCGUCGUCAUCACCAGUUCGGUCGCGGCAUUUGUGUCGCCGAAAAUCUUUAUGGGACUGGUACGCCAAGAUCCACAGCAUCCCUUCACUCCUACCAGCCGGGCGCCAUUGAUGACACCGCCUUUCCCGCACGCGGGUGUGGCCUACGUUGCCUCCAAGAUGGCGUCUCUCGAAGCGACCGAGACCUGGGUGAAAGAAACAAACCCCAGGUUCAGUGUCGUCAAUAUCCACCCAUCUUGGGUUAUGGGUCGGGCCGAGUGUGCCGAUGAUGUGGAGAGCUUGUUCAACACCACCAACCGACUGGUCCUCAACGCGAUUGUCAAGGGCGAAAAGUCACAGUAUCCCACCAUGAUGGGUGCUGUUGUUGAUGUUCAUGAUGUUGCUCGUAUGCAGAUCCAGUCAUUGCAGAAGGCAGACAUUGUGCAGCCCGGGAAUUGUCGGAGUUUCAUUGCCAGUACACCCGGUAUUUACGAGGAUAUUCCGGGAAUUAUCCGGAAAAACUUCGCUGGGGAAUGUCAAGACGGUCGCGUUACUGUCUUGGGGGAGCAGGCAUCAUUUCCGCUUCCUAUUGAUUCAUCCUCUACCGAGGUCACUUUCGGGUGGAAAUUUAAAACCCUCGAACAAAUGAUCAACGAUCUGAUCUCGCAGUACAUUGAGCUCCAAUAG